AGGAGGCUUGCAGGCUGAGGUGGGCAGCAACGGGGCUGGCAGUGGAGAUGGGGGCCUUGAAUGCCAGGCAGUGUCUGGAGCCUGGAUCAGGGGUCAGUGGGAGCCUCGGGGUGUUGUGGAGCAGGGGAGGAGCCGGGGAAGGAAACUCUUAAGGAAGCAGAGUCAGAUCCCCACACACGUGGGAUCCAGGCAUCCUCUGAGUCACAAAUCCCGGAAGUUCAGGGUCAUAGAGAGGAAACUCUGCUGGCCCACGCAAAGCCUUCCUGUUUUUUGGCCCCAGUCCUCAGAGGCGGGCACUUCAGGGCCAAGGUUCUUGCCUCACAUCCAUCUCCAUGGGCUCGGAAUCCCUGAGCCCCAAGGCCAGGGCAGGGCUCAGAGAUGGCCCCGCUGCUCAGUUGGGGAAACUGAGGCAUGAGGCUUGCCUGGGACUUCCCCGAGGGACGAAGCUUCGGGCUUUUUAUCGGGGUCUCCGGACUGCACCCCUCCUGGAAGGGGCAUGGAGGGCUGGGUUCCAGAGGGAAACAGGCCCUCUGGAGAGGUCGUGAGGCUCCAGUUGCAGAGGUAUUCCAGCUGAGGACACAAAGGCUGGACUCAGGAAGGAAGUCAGACUUACCGGGGCCUCUGAGGUCCCUGGCCAACUGGAAUAUUCUGUGGUUCUGAGGUAUCACCACCAGUCGCCCUGACCUCGCCAUGCAGACCCCGCGAGCACUCUCUCCUUGCCCGGCCCUACUGCUCCUACUGCUGCUACUGGGAGGCGCCCAUGGCCUCUUCCCCGAGGAACCGCCGCCACUCAGCGUAGCCCCCAGGGACUACCUGAACCACUAUCCUGUGUUCGUGGGCAGUGGGCCAGGACACCUGACCCCCGCAGAGGGCGCUGACGACCUCAACAUCCAGCGGGUUCUGCGGGUCAACAGGACGCUGUUCAUCGGGGAUAGGGACAACCUGUACAGGGUGGAACUGGAGCCCCCCAUGUCCACAGAGCUGCGGUACCAGCGGAAGCUGACCUGGCGCUCCAACCCCAGCGAUAUCAACGUGUGUCGGAUGAAGGGCAAGCAGGAGGGAGAGUGUCGAAAUUUUGUAAAGGUGCUUCUACUUCGGGACGAAUCCACCCUCUUCGUGUGUGGUUCCAAUGCCUUCAACCCCGUGUGUGCCAACUACAGCAUGGACACACUGCAGCCCCUCGGGGACAACAUCAGCGGCAUGGCCCGCUGCCCAUACGACCCCAAACAUGCCAAUGUCGCCCUCUUCUCUGAAGGGAUGCUCUUCACGGCCACCGUGACCGACUUCCUAGCCAUCGACGCUGUCAUCUACCGCAGCCUCGGGGACCGGCCCACUCUCCGCACUGUGAAACACGACUCCAAGUGGUUCAAAGAGCCCUACUUUGUCCACGCGGUGGAGUGGGGCAGUCACAUCUACUUCUUCUUCCGGGAGAUCGCCAUGGAGUUUAACUACCUGGAGAAGGUGGUGGUGUCCCGCGUGGCCCGGGUGUGUAAGAACGACGUGGGCGGCUCCCCUCGUGUGCUGGAGAAGCAGUGGACAUCUUUCCUGAAGGCACGGCUCAACUGCUCUGUGCCUGGGGACUCCCACUUCUACUUCAACGUGCUGCGGGCCGUCACGGGAGUGGUCAGCCUGGGGGGCCGGCCCGUGGUCCUGGCUGUUUUCUCCACACCCAGCAACAGCAUCCCCGGCUCGGCCGUCUGCGCCUUUGACAUGACUCAGGUGGCUGCCGUGUUUGAGGGCCGCUUCCGUGAGCAGAAGUCCCCUGAGUCCAUCUGGACACCCGUGCCAGAGGACCAAGUUCCACGGCCCCGGCCUGGGUGCUGUGCAGCUCCUGGCAUGCAGUACAAUGCCUCCAGCGCCUUUCCCGAUGAGAUCCUCAACUUUGUCAAGACGCACCCCCUAAUGGACGAGGCAGUGCCCUCACUGGGCCAUGCUCCCUGGAUUGUUCGGACUCUGAUGCGGCACCAGCUGACACGCGUGGCGGUAGAUGUGGGCGCCGGCCCCUGGGGCAACCAGACUGUCGUCUUCCUGGGAUCUGAGGUGGGCACCGUCCUCAAGUUUCUUGUCUGGCCCAAUGCCAGCACCUCGGGCACCGCAGGGCCCAGUGUCUUCCUGGAGGAGUUUGAGACCUACCGGCCGGACAGGUGUGGACGGUUUGGUGGCGGCGUUGAGACAGGGCAGCGGCUGCUGAGCCUGGAGCUGGACGUGGCCUCAGGUGGCCUGCUGGCAGCCUUCCCCCGCUGCGUGGUCCGAGUGCCUGUGGCGCGCUGCCAGCAGUACUCAGGAUGCAUGAAGAACUGUAUUGGCAGUCAGGACCCCUACUGCGGGUGGGCCCCCGACGGUUCCUGCAUCUUCCUCAGCCCCGGCACCAGAGCCACCUUUGAGCAGGAUGUGUCCGGGGCAAGCACCUCAGGCUUAGGGGACUGCACAGGACUCCUGCGGGCCAGCCUGUCAGAGGAGCGCGCGGGGCUGGUGUCGGUGAACCUGCUGGUGACGUCGUCGGUAGCGGCCUUCGUGGUGGGCGCCGUGGUGUCUGGCUUCAGCGUGGGCUGGUACGUGGGGCUCCGCGAGCGGCGAGAGCUGGCCCGCCGCAAGGACAAGGAGGCCAUCCUGGCGCAUGGGGGCGGCGAGGCGGUGCUGAGCGUGAGCCGCCUGGGCGAGCGCCGGGCCGGCGGCCCCGGGGGCCGGAGCGGCAGCGGCACCGGCGGGCCCGGGGGUCCCCCCGAGGCCCUGCUGGCGCCCCUGAUGCAGAACGGGUGGGCCAAGGCCACGUUGCUGCAGGGCGGCCCCCACGACCUGGACUCGGGGCUGCUGCCCACACCCGAGCAGACGCCGCUGCCCCAGAAGCGCCUGCCCACCCCGCACCCGCACGCCCUGGGCCCCCGCGCCUGGGAGCACGGCCACGGCCACGCGCUGCUCACGGCCUCAGCCUCGUCCUCCCUCCUGCUGCUGGCCCCCGCCCGCGCCCCCGAGCCGCCCCCGGCGCCGGGCGAGCCGGCCCCUGACGCCCGCCUCUUCACCGCGCGGCCCGGCCGCGCCUCCCACGGCGACUUCCCGCUCACCCCCCACGCCAGCCCGGACCGCCGGCGGGUGGUGUCGGCGCCCACGGGCCCCUCGGACCCGAUCUCCGCCUCCGACGGCCUCCCGCGGCCCUGGAGCCCGCCGCCCACGGGCAGCCUCCGGAGGCCGGGCACGCACGGCCCGCCGGCCGCCGCCUUGCGCCGCACGCACACGAUCAACAGCGGCGAGGCCCGGCCUCGCGGCCGCCACGCCCGACCCAGCACGGACUUGGCCCACCUGCUCUCGUACGGGGGCCCGGACAGGACUGCGCCCCCCGUGCCCUAGGUCGGGGCCCCGCGCCUCGGCGGUGCCAGCCACGGGAACCAGGAGCGAGAGGCCGGGCCAGCUCCGAGUGGGUGCUCAGCUCCCCCGCCCAGCCGCGUGGGGGCCCCCUCCGCCGCACCGAAGCACAACUGGCUCGGCCCGGGCCAGCCCCGCCCCAGGGGCCGCAGGUUACUGAGGCAGUCUGGGGCGGGCGGGCGGAAUGUGCUAUGGAUUUGAGGUUGACCUUCUGCGCGUGGAUUUUGGUUUGUUUUCCAAUUUGCGUUUCUUUUGCAGUUUUCUAACCAAUUGCACAACUCCGUUCUCGGGGUGGCGGUCGGGGGCUUGGAGGCGUGGGAAGCGGGGGAACAGCGGCAGACCCAAGCUCCCCCCCACCCAGAGACCCCCUCCUCAACCCGAGCCCCUGGCGUGUGUGGGUGUGUGUGCGUGUGUGCAUGCCGUGUCCGUGUGCAAGGGGCCGGGAAGGGGAGGGAAGCGUGCGUGUGAGCCCGCGGGCUGCUGCCGCGUGUGCGUGUCUGUGUGCGAGCGCGGAGGCCCCAGCGGCCUGGGCGUUGGCUGAGCCGACGCUGGGGCUUCCAGAGGGCCGGGGGCCUCCGAGGUGCCGGUUAGGAGUUUGAGGGGAGAUGAGGAGGGGGUUUCAGGCGCAGGGUCGGGAAGGCCUGCCCAGAAGUUGGCAGCUGUCUAAGGGCUCGGGUCUGGGGGGACGGCGAAGGCCGGCGGGGGCCCCCCUGUAAAUAUGGCCCCAGGGUUGUCAGAGGGUCCUGUGCCACCCGUCCUCUGUGACCUCCCCCUUGACCUCUAGCUGACCAUGCAUGCCAGCUGAGUGGCCAGCUGAGUCCUGGACCCUCUCUGGAGUUUGCCUCCCCCACCCCCACCCCAUCAAUAAAACUGUUUACAACCACCGGC